UCCGGCGAAACACGAAUUUUUGGUAGAAAAGCGAAAAUGGAAGCCGCGAAAACCAGUCGGCAAAGUCAGGUCAUUGAUGUUGCUAGUCACACAUUUAUUGUGCCCUACAAGCAGCUGACGUCACCGAAUGAGAUACCAAAAUGGGAAAAAUCACAGGCUUACUCCAAUCUGGUGGGAUUUAUCCUGACUCUAAAUGAAGCUGUCAAGAACAAGAAAAUUCGUGAUGAAUAUCCUGUGUCAGAAGUGGUACAAAAUCUUCUAGAUCUCCUGGGCACUUUGGAGAAGUGGGUGGAAGAAAUUCCUGCCAUUGACCAGCCUCAGAGGUUUGGAAACAAAGCAUUUCGCACUUGGUUCCAAAAACUGAAAGAGGAAGGGCCAGCUCUACUGAAAACCGCCCUCCCCGAUGAGUAUGAGAAAUCCAUCCCAGAAAUCGUUGUCUAUCUGGUGGAGAGUGUUGGCAAUGACACCAGGAUAGACUACGGCACAGGCCAUGAACUGUCUUUUGUUGCUUUCCUGUGCUGCCUGUGUCAGAUUGGGGCUCUCAAGGAGGAGGAUCACCCAGCCCUCGUUCUACGAGUAUUUGAGAGGUACCUGUAUCUGAUGCGAAAGCUCCAGCUCACCUACAGAAUGGAGCCAGCCGGAAGCCAUGGCGUCUGGAGCCUGGAUGACUACCAGUUCCUUCCUUUCCUCUGGGGCAGCUCACAGUUCAUAGAUCACAAGAGAAUCAAACCCAAGUCUUUUCCGGAACCAGACAUUUAUGACAGCUUCUACAAGGACUACCUUUUCUUGAGUGCUAUUAAAUUCAUAAACCAGGUGAAGACUGGCCCGUUUGCAGAGCACUCGAAUCAACUGUGGGGCAUCAGUGGGGUGGCUGCCUGGUCCAAGGUCAACUCGGGUUUGAUCAAGAUGUACAGAGUGGAGGUGCUGAGUAAGUUUCCCAUCAUUCAGCACUUCCUGUUCGGCAGUCUUCUCACACUUGAGCCGUCCACCGAUCCAGUCCCAGCGGUGUCCGCCCCAAUGCCCUCCCCUGCCCCGGGUGCCAUGCCGGGGAGAAUGCCCCCUCUUGGUGCCACAGAUAUGAUGCCCCCGACAGGCAGAAUGCCCCCUUCAGGUAUGACGAGCAUGAUGCCCCCAAUGGGAAGAAUGCCCCCUCCUGGUGUGACUGGAACGAUGCCCCCAACAGGAAGAAUGCCCCCACCUGGUGUGACCGGAACGAUGCCCCCAACAGGAAGAAUGCCCCCUCCUGGCGCGGCAGGUGUGAUGCCCCCGACGGGGAAAAUGUCCCCUUCAUCGCAAUCGCAGCAACGCCCGCCUUCGUCAUGAUGUUGAUAUGUCUGUAGGUUGUGCCUCUUAGUGUUGUAUGUACAUACAAGAAAGAAUGUGACAUGUGCAAGUGUCGUGUGAUGUUUGGAAAAGGUUUGCUUCUGAGCGAUUCAUCAUUGGUGAUAGUCAUUUUGCCUCUAUACCGGUACUGCCGUUUAUCACUCGAAUCUAUCGGUAACAUGCUUGCCAACCUUCCUGAAUUUUUCGGGAAAUUCCUGAAUUGCCAUCGUUGUUCCCGAACCUUUCCCGAGACCGCAUCU